UUUGUAGUGUGACAGUCGUGACAGGAAGAUUCUAACCAAAAACGUACUUUAACAAAAUCAAAAUAUAUUCGUUAAUUUUAAAAAGUGGUGCAAUUAUCGGUGAUUACGUAAUCCAUGCAGUUAGUCAAUGGUCUUAACCAAUUUUGCCUAAUGCAGAAAGUAGCAUGGAUUUUAAACCACGCCAGUGCUAAUUUUAAUAUGUUGAUGUCUAUGAUUACACCAACAUAAGCGCAAGAGACUUAUAUAAACAUUUAAACAUACUAGCAUGUAGUAAACAAUAAACAAGCAAGUUUUUGUAAAUAUACUUCCAAUACGUAAUGGGUGUCUGCUGGUGUAAACAAAAGCACGAAGAACAUGACACCUAUGUUCCUCAACAACACCACUCCAAUAAUCAUAAUAUUAACGCUACAAUACAGCCGGUAUCACCAGUAGCCCCCCAGUAUUACAUUCGAGUUGCAAAAGCUCCUGAUCCUCAUCUUGUUGACAAACUUGUAUUGGAAACACUAGGUGUCAUAGCAACUUUAGUGGACAAUGAACAAGAGCCGCCUGCAUCGAUGUUACUGCUUCACAACAUAGCUGAUAACGAAGAAGGAUUUAUUCAAGUGGUAAACUCAAUGAUUAAAGUUGUACCAUUGUCUGAUCCGCUGGGGCCGUCGAUUAUAACAUUAUUACUUGAUGAUUGUCCAUUACCUUCAAAGGAAUCAGUAUUCAAAGUAGUCGAUAUGUUGAACCUGUCGAAAGAAUCAGCCAUUUUGGGAAGACAGAAUCCUUCAAGAGAGAGAAAUAUCUGUGUAGUUUUAGGUUGCAUAGCAGAAACGUUAGCUGGUCCAAGAAAUUUGAAAAUUCUUAGUGAUCCUAUGUUAGACUAUCUAUUAACAAAUUUGGGACCUGAAACGGACCCAAAUGUUGUGCUGUUUUCGCUAAUAGCAUUAGAAAAGUUUGCGCAGUCUAGUCAGAAUAAAUCUACUAUAUUGAAAAGGUUACAUCAGUUAGAUCCAUGUCCAAUUAAUGCUUUAGAAAAAUGGCGCUAUGAAACCCACUACAUUAAAAGACAAGUUGGAUUUUGUGCCCAGUGGGUUUUAGAUAACUUAUUUGUGAUGAAUAAUCGAAAAUAUUCCUAUUUAACUGUCAAUAUGGAGAAAAUAAACGCCAUGUUAAACACCAGUGAUGUCAGUGAGUAUCUCAAAAUAUCACCAGAUGGAUUAGAAGCCCGGUGUGAUGCUUAUUCUUUUGAAAGUGUAAGAUGCACUGCACAAACUGACUCCGGUGUUUGGUACUAUGAAGUCUGCAUCAUUACUCCUGGAGUAAUGCAAAUUGGAUGGGCUACAAAACAUAGCAACUUUCUUAAUCAUGAGGGUUAUGGUAUUGGGGAUGAUAAAUAUUCCCUUGCUUAUGACGGUUGUAGAAAAUUAAUUUGGUAUAAUGCCAAAUCUGAACCGCAAGACUUACCAGCCUGGCAGUCUGGAGAUAUCUUGGGGUGUUUCUUAGACCUAAAUACACCACAAAUCAUUUUUUCUAUAAACGGUAUGAGGUUACCACCAUGUACUCAUGUGUUCACUAUGGCUCAAUCAGGUUUUUUUGCGGCUGCUAGCUUUAUGUCAUUCCAACAAUGUCGUUUUAAUUUUGGUGCUGAACCAUUUAAAUAUCCACCACCUGAAAACUUUUCGACAUUUAAUGAGCAUGGCUCAUUAAGAGCAGAGGAUAAAGUGGUAAUGCCAAGACAUAUUUUCUUGGACCAGUUGAGACAACAAAAUAUUAAAGAAGAUAGCUGUACCCUUUGCUAUGAUCAAAAGGCUUCUGUUCGGCUUCUACCUUGUAAACACUCUGGCUUUUGUCCAUCAUGUGCCAGCCAAUUGCUAGAAUGCCCAAUGUGCCGAGCACCGUUUGAAUUAGUUGUAGAAGAAAAUCCCUGACAAAAUAUUUUUAUUAGGAUAAAUAAAAAAUUAUAUGAUUACCUGUAAGGUCGUAAACAUAUUUUUGUACAGAUUUGUUGAUUUUUAAAA